AUGUCUGCGUUCAGCAUCUUCGACAUUGCUCCUCAGUACGAAGUGCCUCUACCGGGAGACGGCCUAGAGAGGCAGUCAAGUGAAAUGGAGCUCCUGAAAGGCCCGGAUGGACGCGGCCCCGAAGUCUUAUCAGACGAUAAUGGUUCUUUGCUCAUCGAGUCCUCAAGCACCGAUAACCAUGUUUCAUCAAAAAGCAACCAAGCACAUUCGCUCGGAACAGUUUCGUUUCCCAACGGUUCUGUUGGUGAUAUGUCACUUGAGGAUAGAAUCACUCAGGGUGUAAUCAAGACUGAGGAUGACAAGGACUUCCUUCCAGCUGAUAAGAUCGAAGCUUUGACUUCUAGGAGCGUCGUCGAAAAAGAGCUCAGAAAGCAUGUUGCAAAGGAGCGAUUGCCAUACCUUGUCGACUAUGUCACCAAUCCAGAUCAACCUGCUAAGCGGCUGUUUCUAACUCUGGUAGUCCGCGAUGAUAUUCAACGUCUAGAAGCCCUAGCCGAUGCUCCGCAAAAACUUCAUGACAAAGAAUUGCCCGUCAAAGUUGCGAAAAGUAUCGACGAGACUACUGGAGCCAUGAGUUUCACAAUGCAGAGCAUUGAAAGCGGUAAAAUGUGGUUCGAAUUUGCGAGUCCUAGGAAGAGCUAUCUCGACAGUUUCUUCCACAGUCAAUGGCAGUUUCUCGCGCCUGUCUUCACGACCGACUCCUUUCGUCACGAGCUUCACCCGAUGUGUCCUCUUCCUUUCAUUAAGAAGAUCAACCACCACAAGACAGGCUUUUUCAGUUCUGUUUUUGAAGUGGUGAUCCAUGAUGCGCAUCAAAAGGUUCUUCCGACGGUCGAGGGCAAGAAAAUUCGUGUCGCCUCAAAGGAGAUGAGAAUUGGGAUGGAUUCAUACUACGAGAAAGAAGCAGAGAUUCUGAAAACCAUACGCAAUUUGGAGAGCCCACAUCUCAUUAAACCUUUGGCGGCCUAUCGAAGAGGCGACCUCAGGGGCUUUCUCUUCCCAUGGGGAGAGGGCGGCAACCUCAAGGAAUUCUGGGUCAACCAAGAAGGGAAACCACAUGUGCCUGUCAAGGAUCCUCAACUUGUUCUUUGGGUUCUUCAGCAACUGCAGGGGAUCUGUGGGUCCAUCAGUGCCUUGCAUGAGAGGAAUUGCCGGCAUGGAGACUUGAAACCCGAGAACAUCCUUCACUUUCAUGAAAACGAAACCAGGGGUAUUCUCAGAGUUGCCGACGUAGGGCUCGCCAGAUUCCAUAUUGAGGCUACCAGAGAUCGAAAGCAGGUGACGAAUACCAUGACGGGCACCGUUCGCUACGAGCCUCCCGAAUUCGGUCAUACGGUCAAAAUCUCUCGACUCUACGAUGUAUGGUCAUUGGGAUGCGUAUUUCUCGAAUUUCUAAUCUGGGUACUCUAUGGCAAUAGCAAGUUGAGGGAGUUCAACAGGGCCAGCAUUGAAGAGAAGUUCUGGAGUAAGGGCGACGACGGCUACCACCAGCACCGCGAGGUCAAGAGUUGGAUUCACCACAUGUCCAAGGACCUUAAGCGAAGCGACAUAACAUCUAACACGGCGCUCAAAGACGUCCUAAAGCUAAUUGACUUGAACAUGCUAGUUCCCGAGGUCGAAGGUCGGACAAUUUCAACAGAGUUGCACAGGAAGUUGGUGACGAUCUACGAAAAAGCUAAAGCUAGAGGCGGAUAUCUCAUGGAUUCUACUCUGUGGGAUCGCAUCAGUACGAGGGCGGUCCCCGCUGAACAGAAACGAUCUACCCUGGAAGUUCCGGGUCAACGACCUGCUCUUCUCGCACGCACACUGGACACUCCCAUUGUCAUUGAAAGCAAUAUUGACACAGGCAUCAUUAGUGUACCAGUUCCUACAUCAAAUGCUCAAGAAGCACAGAUAGGCUUUCCCACUCUACCAGGAACGGGUACCCCUCAGCAGUUCAUUCUGCUGAACAAGUGGCUACAGGUGUGUGACGAACAGCACAAUCAUGUGAUGGUCCACAGUACAGAGUUGCCCACUCGAGUGCUCGAUGUUGGCAUUGACACUGACUAUGCCAUUCGCCUCUGUGAUGGAAUUUAUUUUCCUGGUCAACGCUACACUGCUCUCAGCCACUGCUGGGGAGUCAAUUCCCAGGCUCAGGUCCGCACGUUGAAGAAAAACAUCGAGGAAUUUCGUGAGAAAAUUGAGUUCAGCACCCUUCCGAAGAGCUUCCAGGACGCGGUUGUAAUUACGCGGGCACUGGGGGUGCGCUAUUUGUGGAUUGACUCCCUCUGCAUUAUCCAGGACGACAAACAAGACUGGGCAUUUGAGGCUACACGCAUGGAACAUGUGUUCAGCUCUGCUUUCUGCACCAUAGCAGCCACGUCAGCAUCAUCAUCGGCUGAGGGCUUUUUGCGCCAGAAAAAGCAACAGGCGUUCGUAACAUUGGCUGGCCCAGACGGUGGCUUCACUUUUGUGCGCAAGUCGAUCGACGAUUUCCACCAAGACGUUGAAGAGGCUGUGCUGAACCAGCGCGGCUGGGUGUUGCAAGAACGAGCACUAUCGCGUCGAACGUUGCACUUUACAGCAUCUCAAGUGUACUGGGAAUGUGGCAGGGGCGUUCAUUGCGAGAGUUUGAUGAGGCUUUCCAAUCGCCAGGCCGCCCUCCUCGGAGACUCAAAUUUCCCCAAGUCAGCUUUGGCAUACUUCAAGGGAGGCCGUAUUGUGACGUUUCAAACUCUCUACCAGAUGUAUUCGCGACUCGCAUUCACGGUGCCAAGCGACCGAUCUAUUGGCAUCAAGGGUCUCGAAGAGAGGCUGGUAAAGAAUUUUGAAACGAAAGGAGGAUUUGGAAUUUUCGACGGGUACUUGCAAAGAAGCCUUCUCUGGCAGAAGGCAUCCGAUGCGUCACUGGAAAGGAUCUUGUAUCCCUCAGAUAGGCGAGUUCCUUCCUGGUCCUGGAUGGCAUACAGUGGUCCGAUAGGCUAUCUCGAAGCUCCCUUCGAACACAUCAACUGGACUGAUGAUAUCGUCACGCCUUUCAACACAGACAGCGGGAAGAAGACUCAUUGGGAAGUUUCCGGAGGAAGUGAAAUUCCUUUACUCCGUGGCUUUGCAAGCCGCAUCAGUCUGGACGCCAUCGAACUCCGCAAAAGAGUCAGCUUUGACGAGACGACAAACUAUAGGGCAGACCAGUUGAGAUGUAUCACCAUUGGCAAGGAAAAGCCAGAGGGGUUAACUCGGGAACCAAUGCAUUAUGUUCUUGUCAUUGUCAGGCUUUCUAAAGAGAAGGGUGGUCGAUACGAGCGGGUUGGCGUAGGAAGAUUACUGGGCGAGCACAUCCUGCGAGAGCCGCAACUGAACGUUGAGGUGCAGUAG